CUGGCAUCGCUUUCAUCGUGGCCGUUCGUUCUUUUACUUGGUUUACUGAACUUAAUCAAAAUAUCCGUCAAAUUACUUUGAUUCAUAUCGGGAAUCUGGACGCUAGCAGCCAUGGCUCGAGAGAACAAGAAAUUCGUACUGGCCCAGCCAGCUAAACAUGACUUCAUACCCGGCGAAACGUUCAGGCUUGAGAAGGGACCUGCGCCUACAGCAGACAAUCUGAAAGACGGCCAGAUUCUAGUUGAAGCGCUGUAUCUGUCUCUCGACCCUGGGGCGCGGCAUUGGUUGAAUGAUUCACCCUCCUCUCUGGUCCAAAGAGGCGACACUAUGUUUGGUUUCACUGUUUCUCGCGUGAUCGCUAGUAAAAGUGGUCUCGCCAAGGAAGGCGACAUUGUUACGGCAUCUAGCGGCUGGGCAGAGGUUGCCAUUGUUGAGGAGCCCAACUUUUCCAAAGCUGAGAUCCCCAAGGGUGGCCGGCUCACUGAUCUACUAGGUGUUUUAGGAGUAACUGGUAUAACGGCCUAUAUAGGUCUCGAAAAGAUCGGGAAGCCACAAACUGGCGAGACGGUUGUUGUGUCUGCCGCUGCGGGCGCAACCGGGUCGGUAGUCGGGCAAAUUGCCAAACUUCGAGGAUGCAGAGUUGUUGGGAUCGCAGGGUCAGACGAAAAAUGCGACUGGCUUAAAAAUGAGUUGGGCUUCGAUGCUGCCUUGAAUUACAAGAAAGAUACCUUUAAGAAGGACCUUGCCGAAGCAACACCUAACCAAAUUGACGUUUUUUGGGAUAAUGUCGGCGGCGAGAUCCUUGACGAGGCUCUUCUACAUGCUAAGCAGAACGCGCGUUUUGUUAUAUGUGGUGCUAUUACUACAUAUAAUAACCCCAAGGAUGCUAAAGGUGUUUACAAUUUGGCCGCCGUGAUUAUGAAGAGUAUUCGCAUGGAAGGCUUCAGUGUCUUUAACUUUGUACAGGAAUGGCCUGGCGCUCGCAAGGCUCUUGGCGGAUGGUUAGCAGAAGGCAAGCUCAAGCGCAAGGACACAAUCGUGCAAGGAGGUCUAGAAAAAGCGGAAUACGCUUUCAGGGAUCUUUUCCAAGGCAAAAAUAGAGGCAAGCUUCUUGUUGAGAUUAAGCCUGCAGGCCAGGACGAGUAGUCACAACAUCUCAGCAGCGCACUCCGAACCCUGUGUUUGAUGUACCACGAUAUCACCUACCAGCAUAAGCCGACCAAUGAGAUAUGGGAACAGUUUUGGUGCAGUAACCCCAACUGAGG